AAUUGUCUCGCGCCGGAGCUCACUUGUAAACUAUUUCCAGUGCUGCGAGUUCACAACGCUGCGUGGCCUGGUCCGAUUAAUACAGUGUUAGUGGGCUCGUGCGUACGGAAGUACACACAUAUAUGUGUGUAGCUCUAGAUAGGAUUUCCUCCUCAAGAAAGCAUAAAGCAUGGCUGGUGCAGAGCUGGAAGACUUAUGCUUUCAUAUCAAUGAAAAAAUUUCUCAUGUUAAGAAAAUUCUGCAACUAAAAAACAUAGGACAUGAUCCAGCCUUAAAGACUGUAUUUCGGAAAAUUAGACAAGAAAUCUCUCUUCUAAAUGACCUUUUGAACAAGUUGGAGUUGGAGGUUCAAUAUCAAGAACAUAUCAGGAAUUCACUUAUGGAGUUACAAGAAUCCCUUGAUGGAAAUUACAAAGAGAUAAAUAACCUUAAGGAAAAUAUUCCUCCCCAUUUGCCCAAAGUAGUCCAGAGCUGUGUGGUGGAACCAAGUAUUAAUUCUGAAGAGCAAGUUAAAAUUACAGCAUCUGAACAUUCAAAGAAACCCCCAAAAGAACAAAAACCAAUUAAAGAAAUUUUACUAAUAACUUCUGAUGAAUUUGAUAAUGUGCCUGCAUAUAUGAAAUCUCGUCUAACAUACUGUCAGAUUAAUGACUUUAUUAAAGAAAUCAACAAAGCAGUGGCUAGUAAAUAUAGAAUCCUAAAUUUGCCCAAAAAAUCUAUGAAUUCUUCUGUCAGAAAUCUGUAUCACAGAUUUAUUGAAGAUGAAACCAAGGAUACCAAAGGCCAGUAUUUUGUGGUAGAAGCUGACAUUAAAGAAUUCACAAAUUUGAAAGUUGACAAGCGGUUUCAUGUGAUACUAAAUAUUUUAAGACACUGCCGAAGACUGUCAGAAGUCCGUGGAGGAGGGCUUGUACGUUAUGUUAUAAAUUGAUAGGCUUGGGCAUAUUCACUGACAAUAUCAUAUAGACAGUUUUGUAAUUCCCAGUUCAUAAUCUGUAUUUUCAUUAACUUCUUUAAUUUGUUUUGAACUUAAUUUGUUGUGCACUUAAUAAAUAUUCUGUUGAUCAUAAGGGAGAUAUAUAUAUAUAUGCACACACACAUAUACACCCCCCCUCCCCCAUUACUGCUAUCUAAAAGUACCUUGCAUUAAUUUACUUUUUCUUCAUUUGUUUAAUGAUGUUCUUUUCUUGUGUGAGGAUAGUUUAUUAUUAACCAACAUGAUACUUAAUGUGACCCAAUGUUUCUCUUGCUUGGGUCUUGAAUUGCUAAUGUGUUGGAAGGAUUUGAGUUGUGGAACUAACCCUACAAAGAUCAUUUUGUUAUUGACAAAUAAAGUUAUAGGUUUUAUGAAUUGGAAGAA